AUGAUUACCAUCAUGGUAAUUCGUGUAUUUGGACAAGAUUUGAGCGUUAGUAUAGCACCAACACUCAGUCAAUACAGUGACAAACAAGAUGUGGAAGUUAUUCUUAAUUAUAAAAAUCAAGGUUCAAAAAAAGUUUUAAUUUAUAAAUGGUAUUUUCCCGAUCAACAAUUAUUUGAUCCAUUAUUUGAAAUGACUCGAGAUGGUAAGCGUAUUGCAUAUAUUGGUCCAGUUGUUAAACGACGUACACCUAUUGCUGAAGAUAUGGUUUCUCUUGAAUCUGGUAAAAGUAUAAGUACUCGCAUUCAACUCUCUUCAGUAUAUAACAUGACUGAAACUGGUAAUUAUGCAAUUCGAUUCAACGUAAGUAUUGGUCCAAUGUUAAGUACGUCGAGUCGUUUACUACAAAUUGGAUCCGAUGUCAUAAGCGACUCUACAUUAGUAUCACCAUCUGCAACACUGUUUGCUAUUGGCCGAUCGAAUGCAUUGAUUACAGAAAGUGCCAAAGUUACUACACAAGGGAAAUCACUCAUACCCUCUUAUUAUAAGUGUUCGACCACUCAACAAACUAUGAUUAGCGCUGCCAUCAAAUCAGCAGCAAGUUAUUCGUUGAGCUCUGUUCAAUACCUGUCGUUAGUGAGUUCAUCCGGAACAACACGCUAUACAACAUGGUUUGGUACAUAUUCUUCCAGUAACUUGGCAACUUUAAAAACACAAUACAAUCGUAUUAAUGAUGUAUUUAAUACAAAGUCUAUGUCAUUUGAUUGUACAUGUACGGAGGAAAACACAUAUGCUUAUGUCUAUCCAAGUAUACCUUAUAAGAUACAUCUUUGUCCUGCAUUUUGGUCAGCACCAACGACUGGUACAGAUACGAAAGGUGGAACACUUGUUCAUGAAACUUCACAUUUCACUGCUGUUGCUGGAACUAGCGAUUAUGCUUAUGGUCAAAGCGCCUGUAAAACUUUGGCCAAGAGCAACCCAACAAAAGCACUCGGCAAUGCCGACAGCCAUGAAUAUUUCUCCGAAAACAAUCCAAAAUUAUUAUAA